CCAGAAACAAGUGCCUCUUGAAAAGCGAAGUUUAGAUAAUUGCUGGACGUGUUUUUGACUGAGAGAAAAAACGGCUGAAAUCAAACGUUUUUGAGAAGAGAAAGAUAGAUUUAGAUUCUCUUUAAGAUACUUUAAAUCAUACAAACCGUAACAGUAUCAUCUGGUGUUAUCUUGCACAGCAAAGACUGAUAUCUUAUACAGCAUAAGAAGAUCUGUAAAGUUGAAUACUUCACAAUUGGUUCAUACUGUUAGAUUAUCUUAUCAUUCAUAGGAAUUGCGGAUUUUCACCAAUUUGUAUCCAUUUCAUACAAGCUCAAUCAUACCAUCAUAAAUCAUAACAAUGCCGCCUAAAGCAGACUGGGACAAGUACGUCGCGCCAAUUGAUGACGACGAAAAGAAUCAGGAGAAGAUCGUUCCCCUUUCGGAGGGAGACAUCCAAGUUCUCAAGACAUACGGAGCAGCUCCAUAUGGAGCGCAAUUGAAGCAGAUCGAAAAGGACUUGAAAGACAUCGAAGAAAGAAUCAAGGAAAAUAUCGGUAUUAAGGAGUCCGAUACGGGGUUGGCUCCUCCACACUUGUGGGAUGUCAUGGGAGACAAGCAGAGAAUGUCUGAAGAACAAUCACUUCAAGUCGCUCGUUGCACAAAGAUCAUUGAAGCUACGACACCUGCUCAGGCUGGUGCCAUCCAGAACGCAGACAACAAAUCCAAGUACGUGAUAAACAUCAAACAGAUUGCCAAAUUCGUCGUGGGAUUGGGAGAAAGAGUCUCUCCAACGGAUAUAGAAGAAGGCAUGCGUGUAGGUGUAGACAGACAGAAGUAUGAAAUCCAGUUACCUUUGCCACCACGGAUUGAUCCUUCAGUCACAAUGAUGACUGUAGAAGAGAAGCCUGAUGUCACCUAUUCAGACGUUGGAGGCUGUAAAGAGCAGAUCGAAAAGUUGAGAGAAGUGGUAGAGUUGCCCUUGUUAUCGCCAGAAAGAUUCGUCAAGCUCGGAAUUGAUCCUCCAAAGGGUAUCUUGCUUUAUGGACCUCCCGGAACUGGUAAGACAUUAUGUGCACGUGCUGUAGCUAACAGAACUGAUGCCACUUUCAUCAGAGUUAUUGGGUCUGAAUUGGUGCAGAAGUACGUUGGUGAAGGAGCCAGAAUGGUGAGGGAGUUGUUUGAGAUGGCCAGAACCAAAAAGGCAUGUAUCAUCUUCUUCGAUGAAGUUGAUGCUAUUGGAGGAGCUCGUUUCGACGAUGGUGCUGGUGGAGACAAUGAAGUACAAAGAACCAUGUUGGAGUUGAUCACACAAUUGGAUGGGUUUGACCCUCGAGGCAAUAUCAAGGUGAUGUUUGCCACCAACAGACCCAACACAUUGGACCCAGCCUUAUUGAGACCGGGAAGAAUUGACAGAAAGGUGGAAUUCUCAUUGCCUGACUUGGAAGGACGUGCCAACAUCUUUAGAAUCCACUCCAAGACGAUGAGCUGUGAAAAGGACAUCAGAUGGGAGUUGAUCUCAAGAUUGUGCCCCAAUGCCACCGGAGCUGAGUUGAGGUCGGUGUGUACAGAAGCCGGUAUGUUUGCUAUUAGAGCCAGAAGAAAGGUUGCCAACGAAAAGGACUUCUUGAAGGCUGUUGACAAAGUCAUCAAGGGUAACUUGAAAUUCAGCUCUACAAGUCAGUACAUGCAAUACAACUAGUCCGCUAGAUUGGCACUGUUUACGGUGUUAUACAUUAAUGCAAAAAUAAG